AUGCCGCACAUCGUGCUUCUUGGUACCUGCGACACAAAGCUUGCAGAGCUACUUUACCUGAAGUCCGAGAUCUUAAACAAUGGUGGAGCAGAUUGUAGAGUUACUCUUGUGGACGUAGGGCGGUCGUCCGUCGACGACAAGCAGAUCGAUGUGCGACAGAGUACGCUGACCAGCAGAUACCAUCCUCAAGAUGAUCAAAAGGACGUCACCAGCUUGCCACGAGGCGAAGUCAUUAAAUACAUGAUCGCUUGUUCCUCGAAUUGGUUGCGAGAAGCAUAUCAGCACGGACUUGACGACAAAUCAGCAGCCAUACAUGGUGUGAUCAAUGCUGGAGGUACUGGAGGCACGAGUUUGUCGUCUGCGGUAAUGCGAGAAGUGCUACCUAUUGGGCUGCCUAAACUGAUCGUGUCAACAAAUGCAUCUGGCGACAUGGGCCCUAUUAUUGGAGAAGCCGACAUCACGAUGAUGUACUCGGUAUGUGAUGUCGCUGGUCUCAACCACCUACUGCGACGGAUCUUGUCAAAUGCGGCUGGUGCGAUUGCCGGCAUGGCUCAUGCCUAUGAGAGAUCUCUCGUUGCAAACGCGUCCUCUAAUGGCGAGAAGCAGAAAAAACGGGUAGGCCUGACGAUGUUCGGAGUCACGACGCCGUGUGUCGAUAAAGUGAGAAGUCAUCUCGAAAGCAACUACGAUAUCGAGACCUUCGUCUUCCAUUGCACAGGUGCGGGAGGCCGAGCGAUGGAGCGCUUGGUGAAUGAAGGCAUGCUGGAAGCCGUCCUUGACAUCACAACCACAGAAAUUUGUGACCAGAUAUGUGGUGGUGUGAUGGACGCUGGACCUCAACGGCUGGUAGCGCCUUUGAAAGCAGGCAUUCCAUAUAUCUUGUCAGUAGGGGCAACAGAUAUGGUCAAUUUCGGACCCAAAGCAACGGUGCCGGAGAAGUACCAGAACCGCAAGCUAUUCGAGCACAACCCAACUGUUACGCUCAUGCGGACGAACGCCACUGAGUGCAAAGCGAUUGGCGAGUUCAUCGUUGACAAGCUUGGUUGCUUCACAAAGGACAAGCAGAUGGUCGAAGUGGUCCUCCCGGCUAGUGUAAGUAUGAUUUCCACACCAGAAGGUCCAUUCUAUGACGCCGAAGCGGACAAAACAUUGUUCUCUGCUAUUCGCAAUGGCUUGGAUGGCACAGGCAUCAAGCUGGAUGAAGAUAGCCGAGCUAUUAAUGAUGGAGGGUUUGCCAUUGAUAUCGCCGAGCGCCUGGUGAAGUUGAUGGGAUUGACCAAGAAAUAA